AUGGCCAAGAUGGGAUCCUCAGGCCGUGUUAAUGUUUCAGUGUUGUUGGUGUGUCUGUUAUCAAUGACUGGACUGGUUCUAGAAUUGAAAUGGGGAUCUCUGUCUACCUAUGCAUUUGCAAAUGUGACUCUGAAUCCCAGAGGUUUGGAAUCAGUAGCUACCAGUGAUGCUAGUAGUGAUGCUAGUAGUACUGGUACUGCUAGUAGUAAUGCCUGGCAACCCCAAAGUGGUGCAGUAGGGUGUCCUGGCAAGUCUAAAAAGCUGAGUGCUGAUUUGUUCAAGUCUCAAUAUGGAGAAGACAAGGUGUUGCUGGAGUAUUUUGGCAAACUGUGCAACGGGACUUACCUGGAAAUGGGGGCUCUGAAUGGCGUCCACUUGAGCAAUUCCCAUGUCUUUCACAAAGGCCUUGGUUGGAAGGGAAUGCUGCUGGAAGCCUCGCCCAAGAACUACAAGGAGCUCCAAGAGAAUAGACCCAAUGAGUUGGCUUUGGUGCAUGCAGGCAUUUGUUCCAGUCAGUCACAGCUGCACUGGGUGGAAGGAAAAUGGUCUCCCACGGGAGGAUUCCUGGAAUUUGCCUCACAAGAACACCAACGCAAAUUCUUUACCCCGCAAGCCAUACGAGAUGCCAAACCUGUCACCUGCUCACCGUUGGGACAAAUCAUUCAAGAACGAUUGGGCAAUCAGGUAUUCUUUGAUUCUAUUCCUUGGAUAUUGAAGGAGCUGAAUUGCAAGCUCUAG